GCCUUCUGCUUUUAUUGUUAAGCAAUUUUGUAUUGUUUGUCUCAUUCGGACGUUCUCGCAGCCGUCAUCGAUCUGACAUCAAGUGUUUCUGUUUCUUUCUUUACUUGGUCCUUCAACGUUCGCGCGCCAUCCUUGCAAGCUGUAGAAGAAUGCAAAAUAUAUAGUAAAGAAGAAAGUUACAGUAGCCAGUAGAAGAAGAGAAGCAACAACAAGCUCCCAUAUGGUUGCAAUUUUCCACUUGACAUGCAUCUAGUUGCAGAAUGGGAUCUCAGAAUAUUUUGUGGCGUUUGGCAAAGAAUUGCUUCACGGUUGGAAUCAUAGGGCUCACUGUUGCAGAUCGAUAUGCCAGCAUUGUUCCGGUGCGAGGAAACUCUAUGUCCCCCACAUUGAAUCCCGGGACCAGCACCUUUUGGGGAUCAUUAACUGAUGACCGUGUUCUAGUAGAGAAAUUUUGUCUUCGGAAAUACGAGUUUUCACAUGGUGAUGUCGUAGUUUUCCGCUCCCCAAAUAAUCACAAGGAGAAACUCGUAAAGAGAAUUAUUGGCUUACCAGGUGAAUGGAUUGGAACUAUUCAUUCAAAUGAUGUUGUCAAGAUUCCAGAGGGACAUUGUUGGGUUGAGGGAGAUAAUUGGCAUUGCAGCGCGGAUUCAAAAUCUUUUGGCCCGAUUCCUUUGGGGUUAAUUAAUGGAAGGGUUACCCAUAUUGUAUGGCCUCCUCAAAGAAUAAACAAAGUUCAGACAAGAAUGCCUCAGGAAAGGCUUUCUUCCUUCUAAUCAAAAUUCAAAAAACAGUGAGUCCUUUUUUACUGGGACACGGGGAUACUAACUUCCCUCUAAAUUUAUAUUUUUUGCAUUGUUUUGUUGUUUUCAGUUGGUAGUGCUCUUAAAAUAAUUUUUGAGAUGUAUUAUUAUUGUUGUCACUGUUGCUCUUACUGUUAUCGAUUUGGCCAACUCAAAUGGAUCAAAUUAUUUAUAAAAAGGGAUAGUUUGGUUUACAC